AUGCCCACUACUAGACCCGUUUGGGACAAGGCGCUUUCCAGCUUCAUUCUCGUUUUUGAUGAUGAUUGGACUGUACGAGUGCCUGGCUCUGCUGGAUCCGAAAGCCCACUUGCCUUGGUUCCUGCGGAAUAUGUGGGUGAUGAAUUCAUGGUACGAGUUGUGGAGUUCCCGGGCGAGGGCAACUCAAUUUCAGUAGGUGGCUUAUUCUUCACCGGCAAGGAAGCCCCUUGCCAAGCCGGGGAUCUGGGAUUCCUGCCCCAAUCUUUUGGCAUACGUAGUCAGAGUCCUGCAAAUUCGCAGGCAGGCACAAAAGGAAGUCGCCGCGAAGCCUCGGGGCUGAGGCCAGGAGAUUGUAUUAUGGUCAGAUGGACAAGCACAGGCAGUGCUGAGGUCUUUGUAAAUAAUUCACGUGUUUGGAAUGGCAGUCUCCUUGCGCCUGCGAGAGCACGACGAUUCUUUGGAGCGUCUGUCGCUGACAAUGCGGUCCUACGGAUCGAGGCAACGCAGAAACACAGCCGCACCCCGGUAUGUUAUGCCGAGUGCUUGCUGCACACGCCGCUCUUUUCAGACGUUCAAAUUGCAUGCUCCGAUGGCUGCGUGCUUCAUGCCCACAAGGCCUUGCUCGCGGCCAGCUCAUCCGUUUUCUGCCGCAUGUUUGAGUCUGGCAUGCUAGAGUCCAAGGAGAAUUGUGUACGGAUUCCGGCACCGAAAGAAGUGGUGGCUGGGUUUCUGCAGCACAUUUAUACUGGAGCAUUUGAUCCCAAUGUGGAUGCUGCUGCUUUGAUUGAGUUGGCGCAUAUGUACGACUUGCAGGAUUUGGCCCAAUUCUGUGGCGAAGUUCUUGUCGACAAUCUGGCCCCGGCCAAUGUAAGCCAAUGCGCACGAAAGAUUGGACGCCUGCGUGGAAAUGGUCAGGACUAUGCAGGGUAUGGUUCAAGCCCUACUGGUACAUCAGCUGAGUCUCAAACCGACGAUGUAUUUGAGCAGAUUUGGAGGCGCCUCAGCGACCGCAUAGAGCGCGAUCCUGGACUUGUACGUGCCCUGCUAGAGGGACAUGUGCAUGAGCGCGAGCAAGCUUGA